ACAAUUUAAAGCGGUUGCAAGCCUAUACAAUGUGGGAUUCACGCGUCAUGACGCACGCGCCGAAGUUUUGGAACAAACGGGAGGGCUCCGCAGGGGCGUGGUCAGGGGCGGGACUUUUCUGGCCCGGUUAAAGACGAGAAUAAAAUGUGGAUAAAUGGUGCUUUAGCUACUUGGGUGCAGAAAACUCCCAAAGAGGAAAGAGCGAUUUUAGUUUCAACCAAGUGCAGAAAACACAUAAUUUCUGGGGUUGUUUUUUUUUUUUUUUUUUUAAUAUUUUCUUACAUUUUUUGUCAGAAAGAGUGAGUCCAGCUGCACCUGAGCUGCGCGACUUGGAAGCUGGUUUCUUUCCUCUCUGUCUGUCUGCGUAAGUUUUCCUCACAGCAGGAUCUCUCUGAGGACUCCAAGAAGCGGGCACCAUUCCAUUUCAUUAAAGGCUCGUUCCAGCAGCCCGUGCCAGCGCGCGCCUGCAUACCACAAAGUUCAAGAUGAGACAAGUAUCCGCACAGAGAGACAUCUGCCUGCUGCUCGUCCUCCACACUUGCACGGCUAUGGUGAUGCUCCCAAACUCCACCGGCUGGGAGAAGAUUUUGGACAAAUAUCUGGAUGAGGAUGGUGACUGGUGGGAGGCCAAACAGAGGGGCAAGAGAGCCAUUACUGACAGUGAUGCUCAGCUCAUCUUGGACCUUCACAACAAGCUCAGAGGGCAGGUUUACCCUCCUGCUUCAAACAUGGAGUACAUGAUGUGGGACACAGAGCUGGAACGCUCAGCAGAGGAGUGGGCAGAAACCUGCCUGUGGGAGCACGGUCCUGCCAGCUUACUGCCACAGAUUGGGCAGAAUCUGGGCGCACACUGGGGAAGAUAUCAGCCACCUACGUUCCAUGUUCAGGCUUGGUACGACGAGGUGAAAGACUACUCCUUCCCUUAUCCUCAGGAGUGUAACCCCUACUGUCCCUUCAGAUGCUCUGGCCCUGUUUGUACACAUUACACACAGCUGGUUUGGGCCACCAGCAGCCGCAUCGGUUGUGCUAUAAACCUUUGCCACAACAUGGAUGUCUGGGGACAGAUUUGGGCCAAAGCUGUGUAUCUUGUUUGCAACUAUUCACCAAAAGGAAACUGGUGGGGCCACGCACCCUACAAACAUGGGACCCCAUGCUCUGCCUGUCCUCCUAGCUAUGGAGGAGGAUGCAGGGACAAUCUCUGCUACAAAGAUGAUAGACCCUACUCAGAGAAUAACUUCAUUGAGCCAGAAUCUCCUCUUUCUGUAAACCCCUGGUCCCGGGCCUCCAACCCUGCGCCUCCCGGUCUCCCAACCCCAACCCGGGCCCCCUCCAACGCUCCCAUAGAGGACCUGCAGAAGAAUGAAGUGGUCAACACACAGCAGAUGUCUCAGCUAGUGGCCUGUGGCACAAAACUGCGGGAUCAGUGUAAAGGAACGCCAUGCAAUAGGUAUGAGUGUCCAGCUGGAUGCCUGGAUGCAACAGGAAAGGUCGUUGGGACGGUAUACUAUGAAAUGCACUCAAGUGUGUGCAGAGCAGGCCUGCACGCUGGUGUCAUUGAUAAUGAAGGCGGUUGGUUGGAUGUCACCAGGCAAGGCAGAAAGGACUUUUUCAUCCAAUCUAACAAGAACAGUGUCCAGUCUCUGGGGAAAUAUCAAAGUGCUAAUUCCUUCACUGUUUCUAAAGUGGCAGUAAAAGCCAUCACAUGUGAGACAACAGUUGCACAGUUGUGUCCAUAUGAAAAGCCUGCAACACAUUGUCCAAGGUUGUAUUGUCCAAGAAACUGUUUAGAGGAAAAUCCUCGCAUCUCCAGAGUAAUUGGAACCAAAAUAUACUCUGAUAAAUCCAGUAUAUGCCGAGCUGCAGUCCACGCCGGAGUGAUUAGAAACCAUUCAGGGGGCUACAUCGAUGUGAUGCCCAUGGAGAAGCGCAGACACUACACUGCCUCAAACCAAAACGGCAUUUUCUCAGAGAGCCUUCAAAACCCUCCUGGAGGUAGGGCGUUUAGGGUCUUCGCUGUGAUUUGAGCACCACGGAAGGCGGUUUUACCAAGACACACUUGAGGUUCUUUAAUGAUGAUCAAGCCUUGUCAAAAUUUAGAAAUAUUUCUGGCUCUGCCACACUUUACAGAUUAUAAAUUGUUACAAUAAACCAACAAGCCAGCCAUCCGAACCUUUCUGGCUCUGAUGCGUAUUUCUGCUUUAGAAGGAUUUUGAAUUUAAAAAAACCUCUAAAUUCUGCUGUAUAUGUACAUGUGUAUAGUUGUUAAAAGUUUAUCAUUUUGUAAUAGGGCCUUGUAAUUUUUGUGUACGUUUAAUAAUCCAACAGAAAAUCUACUUUGUAAUGGGACUCAAGAAAGAAUUUCAUUUUCAUCAAGUCUGGCACAUUUUUCAGUGGUGCUCUGGAGCCAUCUCUUGCCAUACAUUGUACUUUUUAUUUUGGAUGGCUGAAAAUUGUUAUGCAUUUUUAUAUGAUCAAGCUUCAUAUCAAUACGAAUUUGCAAAGAAUGCUGCUAUAUUUGUGUGUUUUAAUCUUUCCAGUGCGGUAGAAUUUUGUAUGUAUUUUAAAAGAAAUGUGUGUUUGAGCUAAAACUGCCUGCAGGACAGGAAAGUACAGUUGUCAUCCACUAGUUCAAACAUUUUUUACUGUUCAUGGUUGUUUUUAUUUGAAGUGAUAAAUACAAUCCUCUAUUAAAAUUGAUCAAGAAAUGACAUGCAAUAUUUUGUACACUGUAUAUAUUUCUCUUUUUCCACAUCUACAGUGUUUGUUUAAAGCAGUAAUCUUUAUCUUGACACUAUCACUGUAUCAGUCUUUUUUUCUGUAAAUAUAUCAGUUAAAUUUUUCAUCCUUGGUUUGUAAGGAAAGUUGCAUUUCCAAUAAAAUUAAAAAAAGAAGUACUUCAAA